AUGCGCGGAUCCCACAUUUCGUGUACUCACUUCUGUCAAACUAGCAUGAGUCUGGGGGGGGCCGAUCGUACCGCGGGGGGGGGGGGGGAGGGGGGGGCAGGGCGUCCCGAUAAUCACUCCGCCUACCACCUCGUGAACGUAUCACCCGUGAAGACUAUCUUCGUUCCUCCAAGAUUCUCCAUCUUUCGCCUUCUAAGUUCUUUGCGCACACACCCUCUGUCUCCACCCACCUACCUCACCGUACUCACUUCUACCAAACUGAGUUCCAUCUCUUAA